AAGAUUCGAGCAUCACAGAUGUUGAAUCAGCGCAGGAUAUGAUAGAGCUGCUGUAUUCGUCGGCUUGUGCUUUUUAUGUUUGAACAAAAUUGAAAAUUUAUUGCGUUUCAGAAGUUGACAGUAGCUUCAGAGGAACCAUUAAAUAAUAUCUUCAGUUUUCAGUUAUAAUUUGCUCCGAAUACAUCAUGCAAGUAUUAAGAAAAGUGGUGAUGUUCGCUGGAUAUGUUCUUUUUUGCUUUCAAAGAACUAUUGCUACAGAUAUUCCUUGUCCUGAUAAUCGAACUGCCAGCUGCAUACAGAGUUUAGCAACAUUCACCACCUUAAGUAAGCCACCUUUUGCACCUGAAGAAGAACUAGAUAAGCUCUGUAGCGAAGCUGAAGCUGGACAAAGUUGCUCUUCUGACUUCUUACGGUACACAUCUUGCAUAUCGUCUGAUGAAAAGCUACGCAUCUCUCUCCAAAUCAGUAGGUCACAAGCUCUAUCUCAACUUUUAUGUAAGGAAGGAAACUACGUGAGAGAUCCCAAUUUCAGAAAAGACUAUCUUACAUACUUACCUUGCAUAGAGAAACACUUGGACAAUAUUCGAAACUGUUACCUCUACUCCAAAAUGCCAGAAGAUCCUGAAUUUGAAGUUUUGCGGAACUUUUCUGGAAAUAACGAACAUAUAUAUAUUGCUGCUUGCUGCCCUGUAUCUAAAUACAUUUCUUGUUCAAAAGACAUCAUAGGAUCUAAGUGUAGCGGCGACUCAGCAAACAUCGUUUUCAAAGUUCUUAUGAAAGCAUCUGGUAGGCAGCUUUACGACUUCUGUACAGAUAUUGAUUCAACAUUUCCGAGCAUUUCAACAUCGUGUGUCAGCAGCGCUCAACGCAUUGUUUACUCCUUUGCAGUUAUUAUUGCUUUGUAUUUUUUCACGUUCUUGUUUUAAAUUUAUUGUAUAUUAUAUCUGAAAGUUAAUGCUUGUAUUUCAAUAAAAUUAUUUGUAAUGAA